CUGGAAGUGCACGAGUCAUAUAGAGUUUAUCAGCACGUGACUGGCUCCUGCAGGAGGGGAGACUAGCAACAGAGUGACCACGCGGUGAGAUCAGCAGAUAUUAAGAGUUUACAAUGGCGCACAAAACAAUGUUUGACCUGGAUGAAGCGGAACUUGCAAGACUGAGAGGGAUUCUGGAAGAAGAGAGGCGUAACCAACCCAUGAUGUUGCGACCCGAAGAACUCUGUAUGUGGGAUCCGGUUAAAGAAGAUGCAGGAGGAGAAGAAAUAGAAAUUCCAAAGGAUUCUAAUACAAACGCACCACGAAAAGGGAACGUGUAUUGGUGCAAAUGCAAACACUGUACUCCUAUGUAUACAGAGGAAGAGUCUAUGUGUUGUAAGGAGAUUCCCAAGAUCCAGCCAUAUAUUAAAUCUGGGGAGGAAUGUAUUUGCGAAGUGGAUUACUUUAAGAACCGCAUUCUCGACCCUGAGCACAUACAGAACCUACACAUGUUUGAGCGCUUGCAUAGUGAUUACGAUUAUCCCAACUUUUUUGGUACGCGGCAUAGGGAUUAUAGAAGGGUUACCUACUGGGCAUUCACUAAGUGGGUGCAUAAGCAUAUGAACGCAAGAAAGAAAAGACGUAUUCCAGCGUGUGUAGUGGGAGCCGUACGUGCCCAAUACCCAUUUCCGGAUGAUCUGGAUGGUGAGGAGGGUACACAUACCGUGAAAACUGAUGGAUUUGCAGAAGAUUUCUGUGCAAAAUAUUCUGUUUAAUAUUGAUGUUUGUGCAUUAUUCCAGUUUGCGCUACUGUUGUAUAAUGUUUUCUGUAGGCCUGCCUAUGGCCUGUGUUGUAUUAUGUUUUCUGUAGGCCUGCCUAUGGCCUGUGUUGUAUUAUGUUGCCUGCCUAUGGCCUGUGUUGUAUUAUAUUUUCUGUAGGCCUGCCUAUGGCCUGUGUUGUAUUAUAUUUUCUGUAGGCCUGCCUAUGGCCUGUGUUGUAUUAUAUUUUCUGUAGGCCUGCCUAUGGCUAGUGUUGUAUUAUCUUUUCUGUAGGCCUCACUCUUACUUGUUUUGUAUUAUGUUUUCUAGAAAAAGAUCAGUCGUUCAGUAAUUUUCUAUGUUCUUUAAAGAAUAAAACAUAACUAUUUUCACACCCUU